UCCAGUUUUAUGAAAGGGGGAAGCAUCACUUCCUUGGCUAUAACAAAGAAUACUGUUGCAUCCUCAUACAACAAGAGGAAGAGUCUGCAUGCAGAAGCACCACCUUCUAGGGAUAUAUAAAGAGUCAAGUCAAAGAAGGGCAGAAGAAACCUGAGACACUCGUUUCUUUCCCUCAACUGCAGCCUGCUCUCACAGCCUCACUAUGUCUUGCCCCAACUACUGCUCGGGAAACUCCAGCUCAGGAUCUCUCAGAACCUCCUGCCAUAUUCCUCUCACCUCCAUCGCCCUCUGCCCUACCAGCGUGAGCUGUGGAGAUGUCCUCUACUUACCCACUAGCUCUCAAGACCAUACCUGGGUCACAGACAACUGCCAAGAGACCUGCGGUGAACCGACCAGCUGCCAGCCGGCCCACUGUGAGACCAGCAACCUUGAAACCUCUUGCGGUUCUUCCACUGCUUACUACGUGCCCGGGCCCUGCCAAGGAAGUAGUUUUCUUCCUGCUUCUUUCUUCUCCAGCUCCUGCCUUCCAGUAUCCUGUAGACCGCAGAGCUAUGCGUCCAUUGGCUGUCGUCCACUGAGGCCGCUGCUCAGUAGUUACCAGCCCAUAGGAGGCUGUGUGCCCAAUGGCUAUCGCCGCCAAUCCUGCUUGUCUAACAGUUGCCAGCCCCAAAACCUCCUCACUUCUGGAUGCCGACCCUCGAGUUGCUUGGCCUAUCGUCCUCAAAGUCUUCACGUUGUGUCCGGGAGCCUCAGACCUCUGGGGCCUCUGUUCAGUGGUUGCCAACCUCUGACCCAUGUGUUCAACACGUGUCGUCCAUCUUGCUCUGGACUGUGA